AUGACAAGCAUUGGCGCAAGGGUGGUGCGGGAUGCAGAGCAAAUCCAGGCCUUCAUGGAGAGGCAACAAGAAGUCUUGUCUGAGGAACGGUUCCAAGACCUGCGACAGAAACAAUUUGAAUCCAUGCAGAAUCGGCUCGAUUGCAACUCCCUGGACCUGGACAGCCUGAAUCGGUUGACUGAGCUCUUUGCCAGCGGGCCUUGGACUGAAGAACAACAAGAUCAACUCAGCGCUGCUGUCGCUGAGAAUGCAGUACGGGCUCCAACGACUGGCAAGCGCUCAAGGCCAAAUCAACAGAUCAGUGACAUGCUGCCCUUCUUUUCCGAUGGCGACCUUGAGAUUCUGGGCCAGGUGGAUACUGGGUCCGAUGUGAAGCUAGAAUGCGUCAAGCUCGGCAUGCAUCUGCCGAGCGAACAGGCUGUGAAGGAGGUCUUGAGGGCUGCUCAAGCAUGUGGAUUGGAUGUGGAGAAUUGCAACAAGUUGGAUGUGGUUCGCCGGUUCAAGGCGAUCUUGCGGGCCAAGGUCCGACAGGUGGGCCGGCCCGAGAAGCACGUUGUGGAGUAUCCGACGGAUCCCAUGCUUCUCGAGGGUUGGGAGGAGAUCUAUGGCGAUGACCGGCCAUGUGGCCAGAGCAGCUCCCUGAGCCAGAGAGGGGAGAAAUACAACGUACCCUUGCGUCGGACUAGGAAGUCUGCGCAGGAGUUGGUACCGGCCUCGAGCUCUGCGACGCAGAAUGCCAACAAGGCAGCAGCAGAUGCCGUCAUGGCGGCAUGUGUGCAGCAGAUCUUCCCUGCUUUGAUGCCACUCUUGAGCAACAUGGGACAAGGAGGCCUUCAGAAUCUCCAGGUGUUUCCCAAGGGCACGCCAAGCGUGAUGCCGAAGCACGUGCCAGCUCUGGCGGCUGCAGAGCCUCCUGAUGCCGAUUCUGUGGCAGCAAAGCAUGCAGCCCCGCUCGUGCGAUUCCAAGACAAAUCAGGCGUUUCCAUGAAGCCUGCGAUUCAAGAUCGGGAGCCGAUCCCAAUUGUCAAUGAAGUUCCAAAGUUGAGUCGGUCCAAUGCCGCUACUAUUGAAACAGAUCGUGAGUCGGAGGAGCAUGAUCCUGAGAAGGAGUCCCGUGAGUUUUUACGAGCCAAGAUGAAACGCCCGGCAGCGUCCAUGAUGGUCAUGAAGAAGCCGGCCGCACUUGGGGGACAGGUUUCCUUCAAGUACACGGUGCCAAAGCCAGACAAAGUAUGGAAGGGCAAGAGGCGGGACAAUUGGACCAGCAAGCACUACCACAGUGCAAGGAACGCUGCUCGUGACGCAGGGCUCACCGAAGAGGAGUGCAAGGAGGUCGCGCGCAAAGCAGCCCGUGAAGCUGGCGCGCUGUGGGAUGCGGCUCAGUGA